UUGUCUGUCGAAAGAGACACAGAAAAAAAAAAGAUUUUAACCAAGCAAUCCACGACUCGUUGCCAACGGUUUUCAACCAUUCAAAUUCAAACAGCCGUCAACGCAAGAAGUCUCCUCAAGUCUCCAAACCCCUCCCUAAAACGUCCAGGAAACCCAACCAUGGACGCCGACUGUGUGUGCCCGGCCCCGGCCCGCGGCGGCCAAUCCGGCGGAACGUGCAGCGGUGGGAAAAAGACCCGCAACGCGUACCUCAACUUCCUGCGCCACUACCGGAGCACGCACUGCGGCCUGCGGGCGACGGAAGUGGUCCGGCAGGGUGCCGCCGCCUGGCGCGGCAUGUCCGAGCAGGACCGCAAGCAGUACCAGCAGAUGGCGCUGUCCCAGCCGCACGUUUACUACCCGAGGCGCUACUUUGGCCGGCAGUCCAGCAUGCGGCGGAGUGCGGCCGGAGGAGGCGUGUGUCCGGUGGGUUGCUACCCGGCGGGAUCGGCGGCAGCGCGCCGAGCCGGAGCGUCCGGAGUGAGGAAGAGGGGACGAUCGAGCAGCGGCAGUCGAAGGCGCUAGGUGACCGGGCGACCAGAAUCGCGUUUUGAACCGCGAGAGGCUUUUUGGAAUGCUUUCGCAAAUUAGUCCGAUUGAAUCGAAAUAUAUU